AUGUACAGAUUGAUGGGCCAGCUGGACAAGGCAGAGCCUUUACAGCGCCGGGUCCUUUCCAGCCAGGAGGCUUCUUUAGGCCAAAUGCACAAUGUGACGGUGUCCAGCGUCACCCAUCUUGCCCACCUCCUGAAGGAGAAGGGCAGGUAUGUGGAGGCUGAGGCGCUCUACCGGCGGGCUCUCAUGACUCGUGAGACGAAGUAUGGCA